AUGCUGGAGCCCCUCGAAGGCGCCUCUGCUGCAGGGGUGCGGGGGGCCCCCAGCAGUGGUGCUGCUGCUGCAUGUGGGGUUGCCGGUGUGUCUGCUGCUGCUUCCGCUGCACCACCGCAUGCAGCAGCAGAAUCAGCAGCAGCAGCAGCAGCAACAGCGCCUGCAGCAGCAGCAUCUGAGUAUCCUGACUCAUCCGCAGAUGGGCCCCCUUCCUCUUCUCGCCCCGCGGCAGCUGGAGCGGGGGCCCCCCACGUGAAUACUCGGGGGGGCCCCCAAGUGGGUACUGGGGGGCCCCCCCAGAUGGGUACUGAGGGGGCCCCCCAAGUAGGUACUGGGGGGGCCCCCCAGAUGGGUACUGAGGGGGCCCCCCAAGUGGGUAAUGGGGGGGCCCCCCAAGUGGGUACUGAGGGGGCCCCCCAGAUGAGUACAGGGGCUGGGGGCCCCCAGGUGGGUACUGGGGGGGCCCCCCGUUUCUCGAGUUUGUGGGGGGCAUGGAAGGAGACAGCCUGUUGUCUUCAUUCAUUUAGUCGUGUUGCUGCUUAUCCUUCUGCAGCAGAAAUACUAAAGGCAGUCUAUGAACUCCAAUCAACCCCUCCUAAUGCCCAGCAGCAGCAGCAGCAGCAGCAGCAGCAGCAGCAGGCGCCGGUUCUUCCUGCUCACUUUGCUGCCGCUGAAUCCACCCCUUGUCCUCCAGCAAAAGCUGCGGGUGCAGUUGGAGGGGGCCCUUUUUCUUCGUUUUUUUCUCCCGCUGUUUUCUGCGAAUUUCUUCGCGACGCCCACGGCGACAUCUCUACGCAAACCGCAGCCAGGACUCUGCUCAAUACCAUUUUUCAUGUUCAUGUACGAGAGAAGGUGCAGCCGUAUUUAAACGAGAAGGAAGAAUUCACCAUAGACAGGCUAGCCGAGAUGUUUAUUGAUUGGGCCUCUGACUCCUCUUUCCCCGCUCUCUUUGCUGUUUUAAAUGAAGACAGAGCAGCACACCCUGGCUUCCUUCUCUUCUUUGCAAGAUAUCUGGCCGUCCGUUUGUUUUUUGUGCUGGACGUGGGAAGACGAGG